AUGUCAUAUCAGAACGAAAGUACAUAUGUGCCAAAGUUUGUAUCAAAACAAGUAAGAGCAUACUGUAAGAAAAAGCAGACAACUAAUGCAACAACCGAGUUGUUACAAAAGCAUGGAAUAGUUCCUUCUAAUGGGACUCGUCGAAGCUCUGAAAUGCCAAAUCCAAAUUCAAAUCCAAAUCCAGCACCUCUGGGAAGUCUAGUUUCUCUAGGAAAAUUGCGGGUACAAUAUUCAGGAUCUAUUCGUGAAAGCACUACCGAUGUACAUCCAAGUUUAUUAGGAAGCAAUGAAAGCAUGACUGAAUCCCUCACAUCAGAUUUUGGUAAUUUAGACGACCCGCCCGAAACAGAAGAGUCAAUUGGAGCGUGUGCAAUUAUUGAAAUGGUUGGAUAUAGUGCUCUUGUCGAACAGCUGUCAAAGUUGAGAAAUAUUCCAUCUCAACUCAUUGCUCGCUCACUAGAAAGUUAUCUUAGCAAGAUUUGCAGAAUGAUAGGGGAUACCAUUCAUGUGUACUGGCGAGCAUAUACUGAGCCAAAAGUAAGUUCAGUCGGCCAUCAAGAGUCGUGGGCUAAAAAUACUCAAAACUCGAGUGCUGACAACGAGGAUUAUUUCCAAGGAGAUUCUAAAGAAUUCCUAUUCAAUGACUCAAACAGAUCAAAUGCCAUCAUGUCUGCAAUCAUUUGCUGUACUCUCUGCGUCAACUUUCUUGGUGAAUCUGAAGUAUGGGCUCUCGAAGAUAUAUCUCCAGAAUUUUCCGGUCUUAAACUCGUUGCACGAUGUGUCAUUGGGUCAGGAAGUAUAAUUGAUGUGCAUGUUGGUGUCCGAGGAAUCCACAUGGAGCAUCUUUUAUUUGGAAGUGCCAUGACCACAGCAGUAGACUGCCUAAAAGACAAGAUUUUUGAGGGCGAAGUGGCUAUUGAUUGCAACUCUGCAUCUUUGGUGCAAUAUCAACUGAAACGACGCGGCAUCGUCAAGUUACGCCACGGAGAGCACUCUCAGAUUUUGUCGCCACCGGCCGUUGGAAUGGCUGAACUUCAGAACUCAGUGCGAUAUUUUUCCGAUAGUAUUAUGUAUGCCGACUCUACUACCGAACAUAUCCCUGUAUCCACUGUACUGGAGAGCUUUCUUACGGACGGAGCCGCAUUCCAUCUACGCGCUCUUCGACGCCAGCGAAAAGGGUUGUCACUGUUUGGAGGAUCAUGGACACAAACGAGUAUUGUUAUUGUGAGAAUCAAGCCACUUUCCAAUGAGAUGCCCCUUACAGAUCAACCCGAAAACGUUAGUCAUACUGUAUCAUCGGUGCUGAAAUAUUGCCAAAUAACUCGAGUGCCAAUGGAAAUUGUACUCCAGCAUUGUCGACAUCACGGCAUGAUUCUACAUCGAGUUGUUGCUCAUCCCGAUUUUUCAAUAUCGCUAGUAUGCGCUGUCGGCGGAGUAUGGUCAAAUCUUGAAAAUGAUCCAGAAGUGGUGGCUGUAAAAACAGCAUUGUCAAUUCGAGAAUCUAUCUUCAAAUCUUCAGCAAAUGGAAAAGUAUGUACCUCAUAUUUUGUUUCUUCUGGGCGGGCAUAUGAAGGACUUUUAAUCAAUAGGCAUAGAUGUGACUUUCGACUUGUUGGAAAAUUCACAACUAUUGGUCUUAAAAUGGAUACCAAGAUAGGGUACAUGGCAAUGGAUGAUUCAAUAUUGGUGGAUGAAGCAACAUCUGCAAGCUGCAAGUCUACUUUCCUUGAAGGAUUUUUGUAUCCAGUAUCUGCAGAGCGGAUUCCGCAAAUCUUUGCAAAUGAAUUCAAAAUUUCAACAUUCAUGGCGAUUGCUCCGUUCAAUACGGCUGCAUACACGUCAAAAUCAUGUAAAGGGGCACAGGAAACGGCAUCAGAUAAACCUACCAACACAGAUUCUAGCAUUGCUUUUCGUCACAAACUAGAACGAAUUCAACAAAUAUGCACUGAUGUCAUAACGUCCGAGGAUGCCAAAACCAUCUUGAUUGAAGGAUCUCAAGAAUGCAGAGAAUAUGAAGCGUUUCGACACCCACUGUAUCCAUAUACAAUUAUCAUACCACAAUUGUUUGAUUUGAUUGAUACCGUUUUACCCAACCAUAUAUUCAGCAGUUUUAAAAGUCGAAAUAUGCUAGCAAAAAACGUGCUCAAAUCCGCAAACAAUUUGGCUAAACAGGACAUUUCAACUAUGCAGACUGCACAAGCACUAAAUGCAUUAAAGAUUUCAAGACUGUUUCCGUCUUUGGCCGAGUCAUUGUCAAAACACAGCACCGAUCAGACUGAUAUUUCUACCUUGGAUUCUCAAAAUAAACUAGGCGUAUCCAUGAAUAAAUCUCACACCACUACAGCCAAUCUACCAGUUUCAGCCAAAAAAAGUAAAUUUUCAACAUAUUUUCAACGUAAAACUGCUGCGCAAGUAGUUCCUUUGGAAGAAAACAAGACGCUAGACACCCCAUUAAACCAAUCUGAAAUGAUUAAAUAUGGGGAAAUUCGCAAGAGCUCUAGAAUAAGCGUUCUUUCAGAAAAAGACUCGUAUAUUAGUCGAAAUGUGUCUGAAGCUUAUCGAAAUGCUCUCAUCAGGGCUGGUGAAGAUCCAGAUGUUACGCUUCCACUUUUAAAUGCUCUUAUUUUACCAGACAUUCCAGAUACCAAAGCUACUAAAGAUCUGAAACCAGACAAUCGAACCUUUUUGUUAUCUAGGCUGAUAGUGCGACUCAUUAAAAAGAUCACUGCAGUCAGGCAUCUUGCCAUUACUAUUGAUGAUGUACAUUGGAUGGACUCUGCAAGUUGGCAAAUCACUAUGCAUAUUAUUCGACAAUGUGAAAAGACUGUGAUUGUUUUGGCGGCAUCAGAGUCACCAGAUUAUCGUGCUGCGCUGAUUUCACAAGUUAAAAACAUGCCGCAAACAGAAGUAAUCGAGUUACGCGGCUGGUCAAAAAAUAGCAUUGAGAGAUACAUGCACACAUCGUAUUCCAGCAGAGCAAAGGAAAUUAGCGAGGAGAUUAUUGAUGUUAUUAAACUACAUUGCGAUGGCAACCCAUCUUUUAUCAAAAACAUGUCUCGUUAUAUCGUUGAAUCCAACCAUGUAACAUGUCAAGAUGGAAAAUUGGUUCUCAAUUUACCUCCCCAGGAACUUAUAACACGACUUCCAAGCUCCUUUUCUAAACUGAUUAUCUGGCAAUAUGACAAUAUACGAUCUAAAGAGUUUCAGCGAUUUUUACGCUGUGCUUCAGUGGUUGGCAGGCAUUUUUCUUUGGAGGAAAUUGCUGUUUUAUGGAACGAUUCGAGUGUACUUGGACACAUUGGAUCAGUUCAAGCAGAUGAUCAUCAACGACAGACAUCAAUUCAGCGUUUGGCAGCACUCAUUGUAGUCUAUGAUAUUUUUGGAAUGAUUGACAAGAUUGACAUCAAAUCUCGGCAAAAUGAUCCACAUUAUCCAUUCCAAACGGCGUAUAUGUUUCACCACGGCAUGGCUUAUAAAACAAUAUACACCGAAAAACUAAACGAACAAGAGCGCAAAAAUCGACAUUUAAAACUUAUUCGGUUUUAUGAGCGCAAUCUUUCUGACGAAAAUGAGCCUAUAUUUAUUCCAUUGAUUUGUCUUCAUCAUCAGAAUGCUGGUUUAUCUGAUCGAAUAUCUGUAUUAAAACGCAUCCAGUACAUGAUGAUGCUUGGAACAUAUAUUUGCGCGUCUGCUGAAGCCUACAUGGAGACUCGAGCAAUAUUUAUUGAAAUGGAUAAAAUCAUUGCAGACAUGAAUAUUGCUGAUGAACUGGGACCUGAAAUUCUUGGAGUGCUGCAUCUUCGACUUGGAGUUGCCUUUAAUCACGGUAAACUCGAGAAUAUCAACAGGACUCAAUGUUUGCGUCACAUACUAAUAGCCAUAAGUCUACUGAAUUACUCUUGGCCAAAAACAAAUGUGGAGUGGUGGGCAAUGGUAUUGAAGCAAAGUUUUAAAUGGAUGUGGAAAAUGCUGUUUAAUAUUAAACCUACUAUACAUUUGAUCAAUCACGAGCAAUGGGAAUUACUAUUCCACGAAAAACAUGUGAAAAAUAAGUAUUUGGACAGACUCGAGCAUUUGGAGCCCGCAAUAGCUUUAAUGUCCAACUACCUGUUUGAAACAGAUGCCAGACUACGAGACCAAAUUGCAUGCAAUUCUCUUCAUUUGAAUAUUUCGUACGGUCUAGGUCAUCACGUAGCAGAAGCUCGUAUUCGACUACUGAUCACAUACGCACUGAAAAUAUGGUUUUCUGGAAAGUUAAAGCUUGCUCAAUUUUUAGCAGAUCGAUCCAUAUCCCUACAGAAUCAGCUAUCCGAAAAUACAAACGACACUGUCACUAUUACAUACAGCACGUUGUAUUUGACAGCAUGCGGUAAUUGGACAGAUGCUCGGAAAUGGGCAAUCCGUGGCAUGGAGCUCUGCAGCCGUGUCGGUGAUCUUAAUGGCUGGUUGAUUUGUAGCCAUCAAAGAUGCUUUAUGCUGAUAUUUGAUGGCCACUUUAAAGAAGCAUUAGAACUUGAAAAGCAAAGAGGACACGAAUGUCGUAUAAGUGAUGCGACUAUAAAAGCAUUGUGGUCAGAUUCUGUUAUUGCUCAAAUUUCAGUGCUUCAGGGUGAUACAAUGGCAGCCCAUCAGUUUUGUGAAAAUAUGUCUUAUAACUAUAAAUCAGCACCACCUUCAUUACGUAUACAGUUUCAAGGCAUAUUUGCACAACUUGAACUUGCAAAGAAAAACUUUGACAGUUGUCUGGCAUGUGUGGAACAAAUCAUUGAGCUUAUUCCAAAACUUCAUUAUUCUAAUAAUCAAAUAUUUUACAGUGUGCUACUCAGCGUAUUGGCGAUGUAUUCCAUGACUGAGCAAAGCAACACCACAACCAUUCGAUCACGUCGAACAUAUCACCAGUUUUCUAAAACAGGCCGAUCCAAAGCAGUACAAAAAUCAUUGGCACGAGUAUUCACUAUGCCAUCGGAUCAAUUACUGAUAGAAAAUCAAAAUAUAUCGACCCGACCAGUGACACGUACAUUUACUCAAGACAACUAUGGUGCACAAAUAAAAGGCGUAUAUCGCAGAAUGAGCUUAGAUGUUGCCGAGGUGCCCAGGAGCCUAAAUAAUCGAUCAUCAUGCGAACCUAUGCCGUUGAAGAGCGUGCUUGGUAGUGUUCCAGCUACAUUUUCCAAAACACUAUCUACGUGCUCAGUAUCUGAAGAGUCUACUGCAUCAUUUAAUGUAGAUCGCAGUCGUAUUAGAUUGCUGGGAAUGAAAAUGAUCAGCAUUCUUCAGCCAUUUAAAGAGCACGCACUGUGUGAACCUAUGCUGUUGCUUACUCGAGGAUUAAUUCGUGUUUUAGAUGGAUCAGUCAUUUCAAGCCCAAUGGACACACCCUCGGCUUUACGCGACUGGGCACACCGAUUUGAGCCAAACAAAACAGGUGAUAUGCGCUUUAUGGUUGGAGUGAUGGCUAUAAAAAGCUGGCGAAUCAGUGGAGAAGUACAGGAAUACGAGCCAGAAAGGCAGCUAGCAACACAAAUAUUUGUCCAUCUUGGAAUAGAGAAUUGUUUAAAGAUUCUGUAA